GUCUUUGCGUCAUUGGACGGCGGACGCACUCGGUCUAGAGUGACUCUAGAGUGCGGUCGCCGGCUCUAGAAGGCCUUCUAGAGCGACGCGACCGCACGGACAGCCUGCCGCAUUCACGAGGUCCUUCUCAAGCACUGAGGGGAAUGAACAUCGUGGUCGUUGUAUUCGUCACCUUCAUCCUUUUGUUAUCGGUCUGCUUCGAACUAGGACAUGAGCAUCUCAGGGAGACGACACCGGAAGCAUUUCAACCGAUUUUGACGUCGCUGUACUCAGAAUUGACGUUACUUGGCUUUAUCGGUCUUUUGAUGUUCACCAUUUUCAAGGCGGAGUACCUGCAUACAAUGUCCACCAGAAUAUUUGGUGAGCCGGAGGAAAUCCAGGAAUUGGGCGAGCAAGUUCACAUGGUGCUCUUUCUCGGCUCUGUGCCCAUCGACCUUCCCAAGUCUCUGUCCUAUUCCACGAGUGCGACGUCUAAUUUUGAUCCCACUGGGAAUGUUCAGGACAAUGUUGCAGCCGCGUACGUGGAAUCAUUUUGGUUUGGUGAAACACAUCGCGCACAUUUUACAUUUGAUAUUAUUCGCCUCAUUUGCCUCAUGACAGCCGUCUACAUGGCCAUUUUUUGUCUUGUCUAUGUUGACGAUCUCUUUGAGACCCACGACCCGGUUGACCACACCAUUCCUGCUGUUGCAUUCCAACAUCGCGGCGGUUACUUGGGUGGCACCAUGAUCCUCUUAGUCGCUAUUGGACCUCCAGCACUUGUUCUAUUGAAAAUAACACGUGUUUUGGAAGAUUUUACCGUUGUUGCUAACAUAUCCGAUAUGAAAAAUCGCCGUGUUAUCGAAUUGGUCCUCCGUCGCCAGAAGACAGUUGCUGCAUUCGAGGCACUCAAAGUCGUCCAGUGCCUCCGCAAUCCUAGCAUGCUUCUAAACGUCAUUGCCUCUCCGGAGACAAAUAUCGAGAACGAAGAAUCGACUCUCCAGUCCCCGUCCACUGCAAGCAGUGAUGUCACACAGUGCAACAAGCGCUUCUCUUGGUCUGCACUUGGCUUCUCAACUGCGCAGAUUGACGAUGAAACAGAGACAGAGAUGACAGCCUUUGAGAAGAAGAAAUGGUCUGGUGCUCAGACUGCAACAGGCAAACACAUCAAGAAGAAAGCCCGCGCUCGUCGCGCCUCAGUGGCUGCUCUAUCGGAGCUGCGUCGAGAGGAGCGCGAUGUUUUCGCUNUGCGUCAGCGUUCGCACUGGCAGCGCAUCUUCAACCUCUUCGACGAAGACGGUCAGGGCUCUAUUGACCGUGGGGAGAUGCGUGAUCUUCUCGUCAAAUUUGCCUGCGAUGCCAAGCCAGAGCAGCUAGACACAAUAAUUGACAAUCUUGACGAUGACAACUCUGGGGAGAUCUCCUUUGACGAAUUCUUUUCGUUCUCGAUCGUUGUCUCUACCGAGUAGGCCUCAUUUCAAGUCCGACAAUCGUAGGUUUGCAACAAAGCUUACACACUACGUUGCUUCGUGUGACCCUGAUGAGCUUGUCCACGACAUGUUCAAUCUCCUAGAUCAGGAUGGUUCGGGGACGAUUACCGUGCACGAGAUGCACAACGUCGUCCACGAGAUGCUUGGCCAGGAUCUUUCCGUUGAAGACGUCUUCAACCUUGUCCAAGACAUCGAUGUCGAUGGCAAUGGCGAGCUUGAUUGNGAGGAGUUUUCCGU